UCUCUUCAGACGCACGAGUGGGAUAGUGCUGUUCCUAUUGAGGAGACACUUAGGACCAUGGACGAUCUCGUCAGAUGUGGUAAAGUGCGAUAUUUCGGCGCAUGCAACUUGGCAGGAUAUCAGCUUCAGAAGAUCGUUGAUACCACUAAGCAUCUCAAUCUUAAUCCUCUCAUCUCUAUACAGCAACAGUACAACCUUCUGGCGCGAACCUCUGAGUAUGAAGUGUUCGAAGUGUGUAAACACGAACGUCUGGCGGUGCUGCCCUGGAGCCCACUCAAAGGGGGCCUCCUGACCGGGAAGUACGAGAGAGGGGUGUCCCCUUGCGCCACUCAGGGUAGAGUGGGUUGGGUAAACCAAGACCUACGCCGAUCCAUUGAGUCCCACCCAUCCUUGACACAGUAUGACAAUGAACCGUACUGGCAGCUGCUGGACUACAUGAAGGCGACUGCUGACAAAUAUGGGAAAUCUGUGAGUCAAGUUGCGCUGCGGUGGUUACUGCAGAAGGCCCUCGUUCCAGCUGUGUUGAUUGGAGUUACCUCCCUUGCGCAUCUCGAAGACAACAUGGGCGCGGGAACGGGAUGGAAACUGUCUGUGGAGGAGAUGGCCAAACUUGACGAGUUGUCUCACCCUGGUUGGAUCUACCCCUACGGUAGACUCAUCAACGUGAACAGAGACAGAGUUAACCCCUUCAUGGGAUAACAGUCCACCGUGAUAAUCAAUACCGCCUGUCCUGUGGAAGAUAACCAAGACACAGUUCCUGAGUUUUCCUUUUCACAGUUCGUUAAAACAAUUCAUGAGAAAACGAACACUGAACCAACAAGUAAAUUCACGAAUAUUUAAUGAUAUGUUUUUUAAUGUUUAUUAUUGUUGAUUCUGUUGUUGUAAUCAUGCUAAUGUUUUUUAAAACAAUUGUUUGUGCACUUUCUGGUGCUGCUGAGCACUGGUGUAAUUUGCACUUUCGAUGAAAAACGUGUAAUCUGAGUCUGAGAUAGAUGCACAGUUUGAAUAUACAUUUAGAAAAACGUGUGAAUUUUACACCCAUAUAGCCAUUUACAUUCAUAUCAAAAUUAUGUUUGUUUGUCUUAUUAUAUUACCCUUCGGGCGUAUGGUGCAUUGAUGUUUAGAUAUGCACGUUCUGCGAUCAAAGGCGAGCAUCACGUGCAAUACAUGUGCACGUCUUUAAGCAUAUAACAGGUUUCACUGAAACCUAGUUACAGCUCGAUAGAUUGGAAUAUCAAUUGAUUUCGUUGUUGAUAAGCAUUAACUGACAACUACUGAAAGAUAGCAUGUAUUUGGUAUCCGUAACGCUUGUAGUGUAUUGACAUGUAUGGUAGAUACAUGUAUGGGAGACAACUCCUGCAGCCUUAUGUGACGGUAGCGGCAAGCUGAUUAGAGUUGUGUCCCUUGUGGACCCCUGCUUGUAACCCCCACUACCUGAGUAAACGCUCAACGUAACGUGGAAGUCAUGGUCAUUGUGUUCUGUUCUGCCACGGUCUUAGACGUGUAUAGGAUUCAAACACACAACACAGAACAAUGAACACAUGAAAGUACUAACGUUCCUUUAUUUAUGUCCAGAAUUUCACCCAAAGUGCAAUACAUACAGUGUGAAGAAACUUGGAAAAGAAUAAAGGCACACUUGUACUUU